GCCAUGAUUCUUGUUUUCUUUCAGAGAGGGUAGCUAGCUAACAGCCGGAACAGCUGACAUUAAAGUGAAAUAGCUUGCUAGCUAGUAACAAAGGAAACACGCAAUCACCAUCGCUGUGACUGGUAUGAUCUUACAGUGUUACAGGAAUGCCCAAGGAGAAAUAUGACCCCCCUGACCCCAGGCGGAUGUACACAAUCAUGUCCAGCGAGGAGGCGGCCAGUGGGAAGAAGUCUUACUGGGCAGAGCUGGAGAUCAGUGGUAAGGUGCGGAGCCUGAGUACGGCAAUAUGGUCUCUGACUCACCUCACGGCGCUCCACAUCAGCGACAACUCCCUGUCCCGCAUCCCCCCCGACAUCGCCAAGCUCCACAACCUGGUCUACCUGGACCUCUCGUCCAACAAGAUCCGGAGCCUGCCAGCAGAGCUGGGCAACAUGGUGUCUCUCAGGGAACUCCUUCUGAACAACAACCAGCUGCGUGUGCUGCCGUUUGAGCUGGGCAAGCUAUUCCAGCUUCAGACCCUGGGGCUGAAAGGCAACCCCCUGGCCCAGGAGAUCAUGAGUCUGUACCAGGAACAUGAUGGAACCAGACGCCUCCUCAACUACCUGCUAGACAACCUGGCUGGCACCAAGAGAGUUUCUCCAGAGCAGCCCCCCCAGCGCUCUUGGGUCGUUCUCCAGGAGCCAGACCGGACACGCCCAGCAGCCCUGUUCUCUGUCAUGUGCUACAACGUACUGUGUGAUAAGUACGCGACGCGCCAGCUGUACGGCUACUGUCCGUCCUGGGCUCUCAGCUGGGACUACCGGAAGAAGAGCAUCAUGCAGGAGAUCCUCAGCUGCAACGCAGACAUCAUCAGCCUGCAGGAAGUGGAGACGGAGCAGUACUACAACUACUUCCUGCCAGAGCUGAAGGAGCAGGGCUACGAGGGCUUCUUCAGCCCCAAGUCCCGGGCCAGGACCAUGUCAGAGUCUGACCGCAAGCACGUCGACGGCUGUGCCAUCUUCUACAGGACCGAGAAGUUCAGUGUGGUCCAGAAGCACACAGUAGAGUUCAACCAGCUGGCCAUGGCCAACUCGGAGGGCUCGGAGGCCAUGCUGAACAGGGUGAUGACCAAGGACAACAUCGGGGUGGCCGUGCUGCUGGAGGUCCGCAAGGAGAUGAUGGAGCAGAGCGCGGGGAAGUCCCUCCAUGGCAUGGAGAAGCAGCUCCUCCUGGUGGCCAACGCCCACAUGCACUGGGACCCGGAGUACUCGGACGUGAAGCUGGUCCAGACCAUGAUGUUCCUGUCGGAGGUCAAGAACAUCGUGGACAAGGCCACGCGCUCCCUCAAGCUCUCCUCCGUCUCCGGGGAGACCAACGCCGUCCCGCUGGUGCUCUGCGCCGACCUCAACUCCCUCCCCGACUCAGGUGUGGUUGAGUACCUGAGUACGGGCGGUGUGGACAGCACCCACAAGGACUUUAAGGAGCUGCGCUACAUCGACAGCCUGACCAACUUCAACUGUAACGGCAAGAACGGCACGUCCAACGGCAGGAUCACGCACGGCUUCAAGCUGAAGAGCGCCUACGAGAACGGCAUGAUGCCGUACACCAACUACACCUUCGACUUCAAGGGCAUCAUCGACUACAUCUUCCACUCCCAGCCGACCCUGAACGUGCUGGGCGUGCUGGGCCCCCUGGACCCCCACUGGCUCCAGGAGAACAACGUGAGCGGCUGCCCGCACCCCCACAUCCCCUCCGACCACUUCUGCCUGUUUGCCCAGCUGGAGCUGCUCCUGUCCCUGCCCCCGUGCCCCCUCAACGGCCUGCACAUGCCCGCUCGCAGGUAGUUCCCCCCCCCCUCCUCUCCUCCCCCCUGGCCCGCCAGCAGGGGGAGACAGCGUCCGCUCUCUACCCUGCUCUCACACACGUGUUUCGACCUCGUUUUUUGGGGGGUUCCCCGCCACCCCCCGCCACCCCCGUGACGUCAACCAAGAGGACGGAUUAAGACACAUGCUCUACACAGCUUGGAGGACAGCCAGAGGAAAUUGGAAGAGGUGGGGGGGUUCACUCUAUGUACACACACAUGCACGCACACCUUGUACACCCCCCCAACAUGAGGAGGAGCUUCUUCAGGAAUGAGGAAGUCUGAUGUUGUGGACACAGUGACCGGUGUGUGUCGUGUUGUUCUGCGUGUGUGUGUGUGUGGGGGUGGUGUGUGUGUGUGGGGUGCUCUGGCAUGGGGAAGGGAGACUAUCCUGGUGUAGUGUGUCCCUCACAGUACACCUUAGAGAUACCAGCUAGAGUGGCAGCUACACCUAAAUAUCUACCAGCUAGUCUCUCUCCCUAACCCAGACCAGGCUAGUCUCUCUCCUUAACCCAAACCAGGCUAGUCGCUCUCCCUAAUCCAGACCAGACCAGGCUAGUCUCUCCCUAUCCCAGACCGGGCUAGUCUUCUCCCCAGACCAGACUAGUGUCUCCUUAACCUGGACCAGACUAGUCUCUCUCCCAAACCCAUUCCAGACCAGGCCAGACACUCCUCAGUCCCCCCCACCCAACUAUUCCUACACAUCCAUGUACAAACCCAGACCCCCCCC